AUGGUUGUGGCAACUAUCAAGUGUGUCGUUGUCGGUGACGGUGCCGUUGGCAAAACCUGCCUCCUGAUCUCAUACACAACAAACAAGUUCCCUUCAGAAUAUGUGCCAACUGUGUUUGAUAAUUAUGCUGUGACAGUCAUGAUCGGAGAUGAGCCUUACACUCUAGGUCUAUUCGAUACCGCCGGUCAAGAGGAUUACGAUCGCCUCCGCCCUCUCUCAUAUCCCCAGACCGACGUCUUCCUGGUCUGCUUUUCCGUGACAUCUCCCGCUUCUUUUGAGAACGUGCGCGAGAAGUGGUUCCCUGAGGUCCACCACCACUGCCCCGGAGUUCCUUGCCUGAUCGUCGGAACGCAAACCGAUCUUCGUGAUGACCCCGCUGUUCGCGAGAAACUUUCUCGCCAGAAGAUGCAGCCGAUCCGCAAAGAAGAUGGCGAUCGCAUGGCUAAGGAUUUGGGUGCCGUCAAAUAUGUAGAAUGUUCCGCGUUGACCCAGUACAAACUCAAGGACGUAUUCGAUGAGGCGAUCGUCGCUGCGCUUGAGCCUGCCCCUAAAAAGAGGUCGAGGUGUGUUUUGCUGUAA